AUGUGUCAAAUUACAGAGAUCUUUAUUGCUGCUUCGAUUCGCACCCCACUUGGAUGCUUCAAUGGAUGUUUGGGAUCCGUCAGUGCUACCAAGCUUGGAUCGAUCGCUAUUGAAGCUGCCCUAAAGCAAGCAAAGCUGCCUACAGAGAGUGUUGAUGAAGUCAUUUUUGGAUGCGUACUUUCUGCAAACCUUGGUCAAAAUCCUGCACGACAAGUUGCAUUGGGUGCUGGUUUGAAAGAGUCCACUGUGAGCACAACCGUGAACAAGGUAUGUGCAUCGGGCAUGAAAGCCAUCUCCAUGGCAACCCAAAGUAUUAUGCUUGGCAAUGCCGAAGUGAUUGUUGCAGGUGGCACCGAAUCAAUGAGCAACACACCCUAUUAUUUACCCAAACAACGAUUUGGUUCCGUGUAUGGGAAUACGGAGGUCAUUGAUGGCGUGCUCAAAGAUGGCUUGACAGAUGUAUACCAUGGAUACCAAAUGGGCGUGGCAGCAGAAGGCUGUGCUGAGCGUCAUGGUAUUACGAGGACUCAACAAGAUGAUUAUGCCAUUGAAUCGUACCACCGUGCUCAGGCUGCACAUAAUGCAGGUUACUACAAGCAUGAAAUUGUACCAGUUACUGUCAGCUCUCGUGGCCGCGAUACUGUGGUGGAUACGGAUGAAGAAGUAUGGCGUCUCAAAGAAGAUAAGCUACGAACGGUGCGACCUGCAUUUGUUGGCGACAACAAUAAUUGCACUGUCACUGCACCCAACAGCUCUCCACUUUCGGAUGGUGCUGCUGCCGUGGUGUUGGUGUCGCGUGAGGCUCUUGAAAAAUACAACUUGACACCUGUGGCCAAGAUUAUCGGAUGGGCUGAUGCUGCUCAAGCACCUUCGCACUUUACGGAUUCACCUUCCCUAGCCAUUCCAAAAGCAAUCAAGCAUGCUGGGUUGUCGUUGAAUGAUAUCAGCUACUUCGAAAUCAACGAAGCAUUCAGCGUAGUUGCAUGUGCAAAUAUGAAGUUACUUGGUUUGUCGGCGGAUCAGGUCAAUGUAUUUGGUGGUGCUGUCGCAAUGGGUCAUCCUUUGGGUUGCUCUGGUGCAAGAAUUGUAGUUACCUUGCUCAACGUUCUCAAUCACAAGAAAGGCAAAUAUGGUGUUGCAGGUGUCUGCAAUGGUGGUGGUGGUGCAUCUGCAUUAGUGGUAGAGAAAUUGUAA